AUGGGCGGGCUCCAAUUGAUCCUCUUGGUGCUGGCAUCAUCGCGCCAUUUCGUGCAUCCGAUCGACGGUGCUAUUCGUGGCGCGAAGCCGGCCACCGAGGAGACCCAGAACCAGAAUAAUGUCCUUUCUUCGGUGGCUGCGUCUGCCAAGGAUGUCCUGGCUCAGACCGGCGGCAACGCUAUGCUACCCUGCAGAUUCACCGGCACCGGAAUAGUGACUUGGAUCAGACGAAGGGACAGACAGUUGCUAACCGUGGGCAGGGACACCCAUUCCGUCGACACACGGUUCAUGGUCGUUACAAACAGCCCGGACUGGACCCUGAAGAUAAAGAACGUGAAACAGGACGACGCUGGUCUCUACGAGUGCCAGAUUCAAACGGAACCUGUCCAGCAACGAUUUAUUCGGCUGAGUAUCACCGAGGCGUACUCGAUGAUCCCAGGCGGGCCGGAUCUUCACGUGAAGCAGGGAUCGAGUCUACGAUUGGAAUGCCAGCUGAUGGCCUCCGCGGAGGCGCCGAGCUUCAUAUUUUGGUACCGACAGGGCCGCAUGAUUAAUUACGACGCCGAGCCAGGCGUGAGGGUCGAGGCGACGAAAAACGGCUCCAUUCUUGUGGUCGACAAAGUGAAGCUCUCGCACGGCGCCAAUUACACUUGCUCGCCGAGCAACGCGAAGCCUGCCUAUAUCAUGAUCCACGUGAUCGAAGAGGAGGAAAAACCGGCGGCAAUGCACGGCGGCGAUCGGCGGAACGGGACGCGUCGUCCGUCCAUCAACGUCGUGUUGAUUUUUCUGAGUUUCCUCGGUGUACAGUGCACAACGCGACUGUGUCUCCAGCAUUCGCGCGUCACGUGA